UGGCCUAGCGUCGUUGCAUAAUGAGACGUGAACGUGACCAAGCUGAGAAAAUGUCGUAAUCGACGCCGGGCUCACAAUCAAAGACGGCAAGAGACCCUUGGAACCUUCCAUUUUUUGUUUUGUUCUGUUCAGGCGAGGCUCGAAAGUCCCGCUAGGCCCCAGCUCGGUCUCCAUGGAUCGGACACAACCGCGGAGGUUCGCUUGAGGAAGUGGAAGAAUGUGAAGAGGCGACGAUGUGCUCCAUGCAAAGCAACGCGGAGCCCCAGCCGACCGCCUCCGACCCGGCGCUCAUCCUGGAGCUAAAGACGCGGCGCCCCCCGUCCCUGGAGGGCCGUCCCGGAUGUGAGACCUGGAGCGUGGACUUCUCCCCCGACGGAGCCUGGUUCGCCUGGUCCAUGGGACACGGCAUCGUGUGGGUGGUCGCCUGGCCCCUCGACUCGGAAGAAGGUCAGGACGGGAGCGUGGACCGAGGAGACAAGAGCUUCAGCUGCGGGUAUCCAGUGUGGGGACUGGCCUUCGGACCCAGACCUCCCAAGGGGGCCUGCGCCAAACCGGCACCGAAAGGGAACAACGACAGUCUCCUGUUAGCCACGGGUCUGGAAAACGGCGUCAUCAAAAUCUGGAACGUUCUCACGGGCGUGGCCGUGUUUGACCUCCACGGCCACGAAGGCGUCGUUCGGCACCUCGUGUUCCCUCGGAACGGGACGCUCACGCUCGUGUCGUCGUCCCGGGACAAGACGUUGAGGAUCUGGGACCUGACGCAAAAAGGUAAGAAGGUCCAGGUGCUGUCAGGCCACAAGGACUGGAUCAGCUGCUGCUGCGUGUCGCCAGACUGCAGCAUGAUGGCCACCGUGGGGAGGUUUGACAGAAUGGUGUGCCUGUGGAGUCUGCGCUCGUACACCUUCAUCAGGAACCUGACGGGCGGCAACCACAAGACGCUCUACCUGCUCUCCUCCUGCGACUUCUCCCCCGACGGUGCCCUGCUGGCCACGGCAGCCUUCAGCGGCGCCAGCUGGUGGAUCGUCCUGUGGGACCCGUACACAGCCGAGAAGCUGGCCACACUGGUGGACUACUUUGAGGACUACGGGCAAAACCAGAUCUCAUCCAUCCAGUUCUCUCCCAGCGGCUUGCACCUGGCCAUCGUGACUGACAGAGCACUUCACAUCUGGGAGCCCGGGAAACCAGGCAUGGCCAUGCAGACCAAAGCCGACAGGGAGUCCAACGGACUGUGCUGCAAAUACCAUCCACAAGGGGGCGUGGUCGCCACGGGGACCCGUGACGGCCACGUGCGGUUCUGGAAGGCCCCCUGGACCGUGCCCACGCUGCGCCACCUGUGCCGCUCCAUCCUGCGCCACUCGGUGUCCACGCACCAGAUGGAGCCGCUGCCCCUCCCCAAGAGAAUCCUGGAGUACCUCACCUACCGCGACAUCCCCAACUGCCUGAGGGGGCACCACGCCUCCGCGGGCGACACUUGGCAAACCUAAAGCUUCAAGGGGCCUCGUUUACAGCCUGUGAUUGUUGAACUGCCUCAUGAUGUUUAGUUGUUGCUUUGCCAUCGUUUGAUUGGCUGAGCCAUUCCUACACUCAAGUUGUAUUGCACUAGCACAUCACUGGUAAAUGAUUUAAUAUAUAGACAUAAUACUGCUGCUAAUUUAUUGUGUACAUAGGAAAGGUGUUUCUAAUGUUCCACGGCUGAUCUCAUGCACCACGACUCUACCUGCAUGCCAAGAACUUUUAUUAAAAUCAUUUACACAGAG